AAAUAGAACGUACCAGCGACAUAUUUCGUGGACGGACACACACGAUGCCAUGCUGUGGCUCUACUAAGUGCUUUCACUCGGACCAUACGCUUUGUCCGGUCCGAUCGGGUCCGAUCGGGAUCCCAUCAUGAUCAUUCAGCCUGAAACUUCAAGCUUCGAGCUAAGGUAUCGCUCAGUCUGAGCCAGGGCAUAUAUUAUUUUUAGCAGGCUUGAGCGCUCGGAGGACAUACUGGUAACGAAAAUUGUCUCAGUGACGCCUUCUCGAGCAACACCCAACAGCAAGCUGAAGAGCAAGUGGAAUUCUGAGGUAUUUCGCGUGCAGAGACAACUGCGCCAUAUUUAUGAGGCCGUUAUUUGUGUCUGACGUAGCGCUGUAAUGGCGGUACACUAGGCAUACUAAAAGGAAUAACCCACAUAUUACCCAACAAAGGUACACCCGGCUUUCAUCAAGUAUCGUUGUAUCACUCAAACCACGUCACUCAAAGCAAUGGCACACAAUCUCCUAUCCAGCGAAGUGAUGAACACUGCACUUCAACGUUCCACGACACUACCAACAGAACUGUGGCAAAUAUGCUUGAUGUAUUCUGACCGCGACGACCUUCAGCAGUUGCUUCUAGUUUGCCAGUUGUUCUAUCACAUUUGCAGAAAAUUUCUCUUUCACAGGAUAUCUUUCAAUGGUAUUGAGAUAAAGCACACCAUGAUGAGGCAUGCAGAAGAAGAUUUACAAAGGCUGAGAGGUGCGGCUGCCCGCUUCUCAUCUCUAGCAGCCGAUCCCACCGCCAGUGAACUGCGUGCAAUGGUGCAAGAAUACGAAUUCAAGGGACUCAUAGAUGAACUUGACCUCUCCUCCAUGACGCACCACCGAGAAAAGGAUCUCAUCAAAGUAAUCGACGCCUAUCUUCUCGUCUCCCACUCGAUGACCUCAUUACUACCAUCUCUCCUCAACCUUCGUGUUCUUCGAUUCUCUUGGGUGGAUUUCGACGAUGAUAUGUGGGAUGUAUUGGAAGCCUUACCCCACCUCAAUGGUUUGAGCUUGGAAGAUUGCGAGUUAACUUCUGUGAGGGCAGGUCAACUGUUCAAUGACUACUGUUCCACAUCUCCGGUCAUUAUGAAGCCUCCUUGCUUAGAGGUGCUAACCCUCGACGAUGCUUAUUGCACAAAGUCAAUAUUAUAUUCGCUCAACUCAAGCGGGACUUUUGAACAUCUCACCCACCUCGCGAUCAUCGUAGCGGAAGAAUAUAGCGCCAGUUUUUUCGCAUUUCUUCCUUCCAUCCCCAAUCUGUCACAUCUUCGGCUUUCGCGCUGUUCGACCAUAACCCAAUACCCGAACUCCCUUCCGCCUGAUAUCAUUCCACAGCUCACUGCUUUUGAAGGCCCAUGCCACGUCUCUCACCUGUUCACCACCGGGAGGCCCGUCACCAGCGUCAAAUUAUUACUCCUGACUGAAACAUUAUACGGCGAGAUGAACUCUUUCGCUACAGUUGAUGAGACCAUCUCUAUGAUAUCCCAAUUUUCCAAAUCCAGGGCGUCCCUGCAUGAGCUAUCAAUCGAUUAUUUAUUACCUCGGCUUGAUCUCAUUAAUCCUAUCUGUCAAUUUCAUCGGCACCUCCGGUGCCUUGACAUAGGACUGGCAACGUCAUUCGAAGUCGGGUUGGAAGGAGAUGUCGUGGAACCAAUGGAUUAUAAUGCAGAUGGUGUGGACGAUUCACCUGAUAUCGAGUUGGACGAUAGAGGACUACCAAAGCAAAAUCCUGCUUCACUUCAGGGCCUUGUAAGCUGGAUUGCUGUUGGUCACACACGGCUACCAGCUAACAUUGAGAUAUUCCGAAUACAUUAUGCACACCACGAAAUAGAUACUCCUCUUUCCCCAGCAAGAGAGCGCGGUAUGGUCACUAGAUUGUCUGAAUUAUACCCUCUGCUACGAGAGGUCUAUCUGGGCAACUUUGUUUGGCAAAAAAUGAAGGAGGGCUGGAUUACAAUGAGAAGUAUGCAGAAGCACUAAAUAUAUGCACGCUAAGGGAUCCUGCAAUUGUUUGCGCCAUCAAUUGCCAUACACGCAGACUUUGCUUAUUUUAAUAAACGAACGUUAAAAAGACCCAAGA